AUGGACGAGCCCUCCCUCGAAGAAGCUCUGGACAGAACCUCAGUUAACGUUCCAGCCCCCGCACCGCCGGCGGGCCCUCCACGAGGUCACGCACGGGUCCAGGACGAGGACUACGCCAGCAGGUCAUCCGAGCCAGACCCCGAAGACCCCAAGCUCGCCCGCCUCAUCGCCGACGUGCGGGACUACCAACUCACCCACGGCUCUCUUCUCAAACUAGUCCGAUAUGUCACACCCACACAGACGUCUGCCGCUUCGGUGAAUGUCAGCCUAUACCCGACACCGUUUCCCGGGAAAUUCUACCGCGGAGCCGUGGCACUACAGCAUUCCAUGAACCAACUCUACGUCCGCGUGGCCAACGACGAGGACUGGCUCUACUCCGUCUUAGGUCCGCAGAUCCAGGGCGAUCCAGAAGGGUUGACGAGUAGUCUGUGGGAUGUGCAUGUCAAGUGCAGAGAGGCAGGGGUUGUGCAGGAUGUGGGUUGCGGAGUGUUCAGGAGUGAUUACAUGCUGCAUGCUGAAGAUGAGGAGGCGGCAUUGAGCGGAGGAGGAAUGAUCACCCUGAAGCAAGUCGAGAUGAAUCACUUGUCGGUAGCCGGAGCCUACCACGCGGAUAAUGUGGCGGGGAUGCAUAGGUAUCUGUUGCAGAAACGCAUAGCUGAACGAACCGAGGACCCGAUGGAGCUACGGCGUUUAUUACCGAACACGAACACCGCUUCCUUGGUUACGGGCCUGACACGUGCUCACCGAGUAUACCGGGAACAGGAAUCGCCUCACGACAGAGAAGGACCCUCCUGCAUACUCAUGGUCGUCCAGCCUUUCAACUUCAACAUAGCAGACGAACGCCCGAUCGAGCAUGGAUUGUGGGAUGAGGAUGUGCCCUGCUACCGCUGCGAGUGGCGAUCUGUGUUGAUGCAAUGCCGCCUAGCUGAUGGUGAGAGGAAGCUGUACUUCCGACCCGAAGGCUCGGGCACUGAGUUUGAGGUCAGUGUGACCUACUACAGAGCCGGCUAUGAUCCGAGGGAAUACGCCGACAACAACGGCCGCGAGACGCGAGUCCUGCUCGAGAUGUCACGAGCGAUCAAGUGUCCGGAUAUCCUGACGCAUCUGGCGACGUUCAAGAGCGUACAACAGGCUCUCGCCGAGCCGGAUGUUGCAGAAGGGUUCCUGGCAGGCCACACAACGGAACAGCAACAAAGUGCCGUGAGAGGCACGUUCAUGCAUAUUUUACCUCUUGAUACUUCGCCGGCUGGCAUGGAGGCGCGGAGGAUAGCUGCGGAUCUGGAGUUGAGCGAUGCUUACGUCCUCAAGCCCAACCUUGAGGGUGGGGGGCAUAAUAUCUACCGCGAUGAUAUACCGGGCUUUCUUGCGAAUGUUGGGGAGGAGAGGUGGCAUGAGUACAUACUCAUGAAGAUGAUUACGCCUCCUACCAGCACCGCGGGUAUGCUGCUGACGGCAGAGGAAGGACUUUAUCACGGUGAUGUGGUGUCCGAGCUUGGAGUACUGGGCUUUGUCAUGUGGAAGCGGCCUCGAGGUAGCGCAGGGAAGAUUUGUGGCAAGGGGAAAGACGUGAGGCCAGAUGUAGAGAUACUAGAGAAUGAGACGGUGGGCUGGACAUUCAAGACGAAGCCGAGGGACGUUGACGAUAUGAGUGUGGUUAAAGGGUAUGGGUGUUUCGACUGCCCGCUGCUAUCAUGA